AUGCUCGGCCGAAUUUUCUACCCUGCUCUUCUCGCCCCUCCUCCCAAUCUCCCUCGCCCUUCCUCCCUUUCACUCCCAUCAAAAAUGAAAAAGUUAACUCCAAGUCAAAUAGCAACAUUUCUCCUCCUCCUCUCAACUAUCUCUUCUCUCUUACUCAGCUCUACAUAUCUCCCUCUUAUCGAACGAUAUAUUUGUAGUGCUUAUACUCCGUCUUCUUCUCCUCUUUCUUUCUCCUCGAAAGAAAUGUGUAAAUCCCCACCAGUACAAUCACGGAUAGCGGAGAUAAAUGGAAUGUUUCAGUUUAUGAGCUAUCUCCCAGGGAUUUUCCUGACAGAACCUUGGGGUUGGAUUGCGGGAAGAUGGGGGACGAGGAGAGGGGUUGUGGGAUUGGUUGCUGGGAGUGGGGUGUUGGGGGGAGUGUGGUGGGGAGUUGUUUGUGAGUUUCUUUCUCGUUGGAAUUCUGAUAUGUGGGACAUUAGAUGGAUUUAUUUGAUACCGGUUUUUGAUUUGAUAGGGGGUGGAAAAGUAGUUAUGGUUAGUUUGCUGUAUACUUAUAUUGGUGAGGAGGCGAAUGUUGAGAGUGGGAAUGGGGUUUGUAUGUUUCCUCCUCUAUCUCCUGCUUCCUUGGACCUAGAUUUACCACAUUAUGUUAUGUCUUGCAACUCUCAGGCAUCUUAUAUAUUUUGGAACCAUUUCCUAUCCUCUACCUUGUAUCGUCUCGUGGCUCUACAACUUUUCAGUAGUUUCGAAGCUCUUUCACUCGCAGGCUUUCUGUUAAGGUAUGAAUAUGGUGUUUGGGUUAUCUGUGCGCUUGCGGUUGGAUGUCGGGUUCUUUCCAUUGGAAUAGCGAUGCUCUUACCUUCAGGUAAAGUCUUUGAGUCAAAUAUCAACAUACAGAGUUUAGAAAGAGAGACAGGUAUGGAAAGGGGAAGGUAUAGAGAUUUCAUCGACGAAGACCAGCAUGAUCACGAUUCAGAAACCUCACUAACUUCAACAAAUCACAACAACUCAACCAUUUCACCACCUAUAAAUAUAAAUUCUUUUCCAUCGCACCCGAAACCAAAUUCUCACAUCAAUCCGGCAACUGCGUUCCUAUCUAUAGUCUUUCUAGUUACUUUCUCACUAAAGAUUCAUAUCCUUUACCCUCAAUUCACUAGUCUUUCGCAAAACCUUCCAUACAAUGUUACUACAACCAUCUACAGUUUUUGUUUAUUAGGAUCUAGUAUCCUACAAAUAUUUCUCCCACGAAUCAUAAAAUUAAUGAAUCAAGAGAGGAAAUUACGAGUUUUGUUUAUUCACAACGAAGAAGGAGAUGAAGCGGAAAUUGAGGAAAGAGAAGGAAUGGAAAACAAUGAGGAAAAUGAUUUCCCGGUUCUAAAAUGGAGUUUGUUGGCUAACACCAUGAGUUUGAUACUCUUGGCACUUCCGACGACAAGAGGAGCAGUAUUUUGGUUGGCGAUUGGAGGAAGUGUGGCGGGGAGUCCGGUGCAAGUUGCUUUGCUUGCUUGGGGAAGUGGAUUGGUUUCUGAUUCGGGCUCCGAAGACUCUGAUGAUUUUGAGGAAGAAAACAAUUUGAGAGAAAGGGGAUACAUAACUACAGCUCGAUGUGUCUUGCAAGAUUUGGAACCGGAAGUAGGUGAAAUCAAUUACAAAGGAAAACGAAGUGGAAGAUCGGCGAUAGAAAAAUACUAUAUGAGAAUGGGAAUAUUGGAACAAGUAGGUGCUUGUUUGGGGACGGGAGUAUGGAGUUUAGGAUUUGCGAAAGGGAUGGGUGGAAAUGAUAGAUUUGUGGAUUUCUCACGGUGGGAUUUAAAGGGAUGGAUGGAUGAGAAAGGUGGAUUUGUUUUGGCAGCGGGAUUGUUGGGGUUGGGGUUGCUGGUCGCUGUGAGAUUGGAAAGGAGAAUGGGGGGUGAGAGUCGAGACGGAAGAAUCAUGCUUCGACUCGCUAUAGACACAGUGUUUGAUCUUAAUGAUACCUCGGAUAUUUUAUUGCCAGCAAUUGAAUAG